AUGGCAAGAAAAUACAUGGAGCGAAGAUUUUCAAAAUCGCAACGCACAACAAUACCAUCGAGUUUCAAAAUACCCGAACCGUACGAAUUCUACAACAAAGCAACACCAUUUGUGCAAAGGACUCUACUAUUUGUCGCUGACGAGAGCACCGCACCUAAACCAAGUUGUAGCACACCAAGUGAAAUCGCAACUGUUACUCAAGACAUUCCGGAAGAACCGAGCGCGUCUAAGUCAAGCGACGAGCAAGAAAAAUCGCCUAAAAAGAGCUCAUUUUUCUUUUCCCCCUCGAAAAGUUGUAAGAUUCAUGGGCGCAGCUUUUUCCGGCUUCAGACGAGCCCAAAGAAGAAAAGCGAGAGCGACGUAACUACGGGUAACAAGGCCGGCACGCCGGGGGGACUGAUAAGCUAUGCCCCCGGCUGGUCCCUCAAGGGUGAGCAUCUUAUGAAAUGGCAAGACUCCGGGAAAACGACAAUCGAGGUAGCUUCGCUGCAAAGGAAUAAAUAG